AUGCCAAAGCUAGUCCUAGUUAGACACGGUCAAUCCGAAUGGAACGAGAAGAACCUUUUCACCGGCUGGGUGGACGUUAGAUUGUCCGCCAUCGGUGAGAAGGAGGCCGCCCGUGCUGGUGAGCUUUUGAAGGAGAAGAACGUCAAGCCAGACAUUCUGUUCACCUCUAAGCUGUCCAGAGCCAUCCAGACCGCCAACAUCGCCUUGAGCGCUGCCGACAGAUUGUGGAUCCCAACCGUUAGAUCCUGGAGGUUGAACGAGAGACACUACGGUGCUCUGCAGGGUAAGGACAAGGCCGCCACCUUGGCCGAGUACGGUGAGGAGCAAUUCACCACCUGGAGAAGAUCCUUCGAUGUCCCACCUCCAACCAUCGCCGACAGCUCCGAGUACUCUCAGACCAACGACGAGAGAUACAAGGACGUCGACCCAAGCGCCGUCCCAAAGACCGAGUCCUUGGCUUUGGUCAUCGACAGAUUGUUGCCAUACUGGCAAGACACCAUCUCCAAGGAGUUGUUGGAGGGCAAGACCGUUAUGAUCGCUGCUCACGGUAACUCUUUGAGAGCUUUGGUUAAGCACUUGGAGGGCAUCUCCGACACCGACAUCGCCAAGUUGAACAUCCCAACUGGUAUCCCAUUGGUCUUCGAGUUGGACGAGAAAUUGAAGCCAACCAAGCCAUCUUACUACUUGGACCCAGAGGCCGCUGCCGCCGGUGCCGCCGCUGUUGCCAACCAAGGUAAGAAAUAA